AUGAAGAUUCCUUACUCCGCCAUCAGCGCCGGUGCCCUCGCCGCCCGUGCCUUGAGAGACGGCUGCGAUGGUGGCCGUCCCAACCCCGGGUCAAACAGCACCCUCCCUUCAUCACAGGUUCUUAUGACCACUACUGGCAACGUCUUCCUCGCCAACUAUGACGGCUCCAAGUUCGAUGUCACCCUCAAGGCCGACGUCACUGGUGCCCCUACCUGGGUCCAGUUCGUCGAGCCCAACAAGCUGUACGCAGUCAACGAGAACGGCGAUGACCUUCGCAUCUUUAACCUCGAGCGCGGCAACGGCAAGAAUGGCUCUGCCACCCUGACCGAGUCGGUCACCGCCACUGGCAGCUCCGGUGUCGUCCACCUCGGCUUCAACAAGGACAACACCCGUCUUGUCGGUGCCGCCUACGGUAACGGUACCGUCGAUGUUUGGGACAUCGCCGGCGGCAGACUCGAGCUCAUCAAGACCAUCCCAGCUCCCGGUACUCCCGGCCCCAAGAGCCCCAACCAGGAUGCUUCUCACCCUCACCAGGCCAACCUCGACCCCUCUGGCCGCUACUUCGCCAUCAACGAUCUUGGCUUCGACAACAUCAUGAUCCUGGACACCCAGGAUGACAAGUACGAGAUUGUCCAGAACAUCCCCACCAAGGCUGGCUGCGGUCCUCGCCAUGGUGUCUGGUACCCUUCCAACACUGGCGAGGCUACCCACUACUUGGUUGUCUGCGAGAUCUCCAACGAGAUCAUCGUCAACCAGCUCGGCUACUCCGCCACCGGCGUCACCGUCAACCAGUCCCAGGUCAUCUCCAGCUUCGUUUCCGGCACCGCCCCCGAAGGUGCUGCCGCAGGUGGAAUCGUCCUUCACCCUAACAACAAGGACCUCUACGUCACCAACCGUCUCACCGGCGCCGACUCCGACUCCCUCGCCCACUUCAAGGUUGACGGUGGUCUCCUCACCCCCGUGAAGGAGAUUGCCACUGGCGGUGUCCUCCCCCGUAUGCUCAGCAUCAGCGCAAGCGGCUCCGAGAUCUUCCUCGGCAACCAGAACGGUCCUGACGCCGCUGUUGCCUUCGGUAUCAACGAGGAUGGCUCUGUCACCGAGACCCCCAAGGCCACCCUUCCCCUGGCUGUCUUUGGCGAGAAGGGCUUCGGUCCCCCAUACAUUGCCCAGAUCUAA